UCCCUUGGGGAGGGGAAAGCAAGUAGAACAGGAGCUGGUGUAGCGAUCUGUAGUUUGCCUUGGUGUCCCCUCCCAGGCAGCAGCAGGACUAAGGGUUUGCAGAGCACCCUGGCAGGACCAUGACACACACACACUGGGGCCACAGCGGACAACCUUUCACCAGGGGCAAAAAGUAGCUUCCCUGCCCAGGCGCUGAACGCACAGGCAGCUGCAGCAGCAGCCAGGGGCAGAGGAGAAGGGAGGCGAUGGCUGUGCAAGCUGCUAUCCUCAACCCCCAUCACUUCAUCCCCUUCUGCUUCCCGGGCUCCGGGGGCCUGGCGGACUAUGUUGACCUUGAGAAGAGCUACGAGGACGGGGGAGCUGCUCUCCUGGGAGGAGGAGUAGGGGGAGGAGAAGACCCAGGAGAUUUUAAAGAAGCCACCAGGGACCUGCUGAGCUUCAUAGACUCGGCGUCCAGCAACAUCAAGCUGGCGCUGGACAAGCCCGUCAAGUCCAAGAGGAAAGUGAACCACAGGAAGUACCUGCAGAAGCAGAUCAAGCGCUGCACGGGCAUCAACGCCUCCGCCCCUGCAGCGCCACCCCGGCCGGGGGCCAGGAGCUGCCCAAGCGGCCGGCCCCGCCGGCAGGGGCCGCCUCGCCCCAGCCUCCUUGCCCGCCGGCCCCGCGGCCAUUGCAAGCCCCCUGCCAAGCGGGAGGCCUCGCAGGCGGCCAGCAGCCUGCAGAGCAAGAGCCUGGCCGCCCUCUUCGACUCCCUGCACCAGGCCGGGCUGGCGAGAAGGGCCCGGCCGGCGGCAGUGGCGGGGGCGGCCCCCGCAAGGUGCCGCUGCGGAACCGCAACCUGCGCCUUCGUUCUUCACCGAGCGGUGGCGCCGCCGCCGCCCCGCGCCAGCCCUAAGGCGCCGGAGCGGGGCGGCGGCAGCCCGGAGACGGCGGAGUUCUUCGAGCUGCUGGGGCCCGACUACGGCGGCCUCCUCCCGGAGCAGCCCCCCGCGCCGGAGGGUUUUCCGGCUCGCCUGCCCCCGGAGCUGGGCAUGGAGCCCGCCCUGUACGAGCCCCACCUCCCGCCGCUGCCCCCGCACCUGCUCGGGGGGAUGCUCUACCCCGAGCCCGCCUGGAGCCCCCCCGCCAAGAAGAGCCCCCCGGCGGCGGCUUCCUGCAGCAGUUUGAGCCUGCCCGAGAGCUUGCGGCCCCUGCCUGCCCUGGGGGCCACGGGAGCGCCCAUCUACCCUGCCAGCUCGGAGCCGGCCCCCGCGGGAGGCGAGGAGAGCCCAGCCCAGCUGGCCGCCGCCUUUGCGCCCUACUUCCCUGACUGCCCCCUCCCUCUUCCUCCUCCCAUGCCUUACGAGUACAGCGCCGGGUACAACAGGGUGGCCUAUUCGGGCCUCUAGGGGAGGUUUGGGGUGAAAGGCAGGGCCGUAGGCUGCUUGUAACGUACCAGCUGGCAAAAAGCCGAGAUCACUUUAAUUCCCCUCCCUUUACACUGUUUGACUUAGGACAAUAAACUCAGAAAGAAAACAGGAGGGGAGGAGGGGGGGCGCUGUGGAGUGGGGCUCGCUCCCACUUAGCCCUUAAUCCUGGGGCUGGGUUAUAGCUGAUGAUUACCAGCCUGACAGGUUUCUUUCCGUAGCCAGAGUGUUUUGGUUUGGUUACUAGUCCUGAUUCUUCUGUCCUAUACACCAGUGUAACUCCAUUGAUGUCAGUACAGUCAAGGGCCUGAUCCAAAGCCAACUGAAGACAAUGGGAGUCUUUUCACUAACUUCAGGGGGCUUUGGGCCAGACACUAGUGCCACAGAGAAAAAGGUCAAGCUCUUUAGCUGCAGUAAAUUGGGCCAGAUUUUCCAUAGAGCAUAAUACCUGACUCUGCUAGUAGUCGCACUGAAAAUAAUGCGACUGUUUUGUAAGAGUGGCAGAAUCUGGCCUUUAGGUUUUUGUUUACCUUCACAUUCUGAACGGUCUCCCCUCUCCUUGUUUGGGUUCUAUCACUGCACAUAAUAAAAAUGUAAGCUAUUUUAUUCUUUCAGGUGUUUUUAUAGCGCACAGUAACUACAUGUUAGCAUUUAUUAGAGAUAUGUUUUUAUUUUACUGUAGGCAAAUGCAAUUGAUUUACAUGUCUUAUGUUAUAUUGCAACGGGGGCUACUUUUUCUUUAAAGCAGCCCUGACCAAUUGUAAGUGACUUGAGUUUAAAAGUAAAACUCAGUCAGCUCUUACAGUGUAUUUAAAAUCUUGUCCCACACUUGUGUGCGUCAUAAGUGCUGGCAGAUUUUCAACAGAGGACACAAACAAGUGCAAAAAAUAAUUUAAAAAAAAAAUCAAGAGAACAACAAAAAUAACUAUCAACGCUGUUACCAAAUCUUAGUGUCCUGAAAUUUAACGACGUGUUGCAGAAUAUUGCAAACAGCAAUUCUAUAAUAUAAGUUAAUUGAUGGCAUAUGUUCUGGCCAAAACGUACUGUAGCAACGUGAUUCCCACAAACUGUGUUGGAUUUCUUUCAGGAAUGUGUCAAAGCAUUGAAAGUGAUGCAGAUCCGUUCUAUUGUGUACAGGAGAUUAUUUGAUAAUCAUUUAAAUUAUGUAUAAAAGUCUAUGAUAAGUCCUAUGAAAAUAAAGCUGCACAAUGGCUUAAAGACCUGUGGCUGUUACUACUGUUGGAAUGACAUACACUAGAGUAUCUCCCACGUCUUCAUUUUUGGUAAAGUUCAUUCGCUAGAUUUGGCUGGCAGAAUUUAAGACAGCCUAGUGGUCACUUUUGUCUUCCCUAAAUCCUCUGAAAUGCUGUACUUUACCCUCAACAACCUGUUCCUGUUUUGUGUUCUUCUCUAUUGAGUGUUUCAGUAAGAUACUGGAAUGACAGGAAUGGUAGCAAAUUAUUAUAAGGCCAAAGGAUCCAAAUACUUACUUUCAGGAAAUUAGUUCAACAGAAUGUUAAGUUUCCUUUUGGGGAGUUGGUUGGGAUGCCAAUCUUAAAAGGCAGCGCUGGAUUUUGGCUUUGGGCCAGUUAGAAUUGGAUUGUUUGUUUUUAAACUGGGAGUCAAAUGGACAAGAAGUGUGAGGUACGGUGAACCAAGUAGUACUCCCAGAGAUGGCAAAUCAUUCUACCCUAGGACAUUGAAGGGAAUUAAGAAUAAAAUGCCUCUUUCAGUAACAAGUGCAAAUAUUUUUAACAGAUUUAUGAUCAAGAACAUUAAGAUGUAUGGAAGGGGAAACAUGACUUUAAAUAAUACUUUGGAAAUAAAUGAUUAGUCUUUCAGCUAACUGUUUCAGUAAUGGGCUUGAUUUUGCUUUUCAACAACAAAAAUAAUAGCUGAUAUUUAUACAGCAUCUUUCAUCCAAAAAGAUCCUCAAGUGAUUUACAAAUUACCUACCUAUGUAUACAGGAAUCACUUCACUGGAAAGGAGGCACACUGGGCUGAUAUGAGGCAUCUGUUUAAUAACUGCACAGUGCUGUAUUGUACACUGUAAAUUCAAUGCACUUUUAAAAUAUUGAUUUUACUAUAGUUUAUUUCACUAAGCUUAAAAGAAUGUAUGAAAACAAUGGACAGUCAGUCCAGCCUAUGUAGGUAAAUAAGAGAACCCUGACUCCUUGGUCAGUUAUAGUACAGAAUAGCAUCAUACUAUGUUUGCUCCAUUCUGUAUUCUUUACUUAGGCAAAUCUACUGAAAAGUGUGGGAGUUUUGCUUUUUUUUACAGAGUGUCGCAUCAGAGCCAGUGUAGUAGCAUCAUGUAAUUCAAUUUUAGAUUGUCAGGACAAGGUUGAUUUCAAUCUCAUUUGAGUUGGUAAUUUUUCUGCUGUCUGGUAAUGAAUGGUUUUGUUCUAUUCUCUGCGUGUGAUUGUGUAGCAGUUUUGGACCAUUAUGUUUCCUCUUUGGACACUUCAGAUCGAAUGGCCUUGCACUGAUAUAUUUAGCAUAAUAUUACUUUGUCACGAAACUUUCUGACUUGAGGCAUGCUCCUGAAUCCUUUGCAUACUCAACUCUCCCAGCGACUUAAGGGAAAUUUUGGGUGUACAAGGAAGGCAGGGAUGGCCAAUUGACUUUCAUAUGUUGAGAAGGGAUAUAUUUUCACCUGAACUUUUUAUUGAGCAUUUUUAUUUGUCUCUCAGGCUAUGCAAAUCCUGCAUGUGAAAAUUUAUAAUCACUGGAGUCCUUAUUCUAUUUCAUUCUAUUUCAGGCAAAGUUCCCACUGACAUCAGUGGGAGUUUUUCCGAAGUAAGGACUAACCGAGGUCUUCAGGAAUGGACUCUGGAAGAGAGGGAUUGCAAUAUACCAGUUGUGAAAGUACUGACUCUGAUUCUCCAUUGCCCUGCACCUUCUGUGGGAAUUGGCAUCUGUUCAAAGAGGGCGUAAAAUGCUGACUUGGUAGCAUUUUACACUCAUUUUGCACUCUUUGCCCUGGUGUAAAUGACUAAUCAAAAUGCAGAGAGAUGGAAAAUCAGUCUCGCAGGGUCUGAUGCUCCUCUCACAUCAGUGUGAGAAGCAGCUCAGUUGAAAUGAGUGGAGUUACGCUGGUAUAAAACCAAUGUAGCAGGCUGAUCUCACUUCCACUGAUGUUAUAGAAGGACUCUUUCUGUUGACUUCAGCAAGAGUUGGAUCAGGCUCUGAGUGAGAGAAGAAUCAGGCUCACUGAGCCGCAGCUGGAAUCCCUUUUCUUACCUUUUACUCAGGCAAAACUCCCAUUGCCAUAAAUGAGAAUCUUAUUGAAGAACUUCGGGAUUUGGUCCACUGAAUAUAUUUUAAAAUUAGUCUUCACUUAUAGUGCAAGUGUGUUUCUGGUAUAGAAGUAUUUUAGGGCUAAUCUGCACAACAGUUAUUGCAGAGCAAACUGAGUGGCUGACAACACUAAAGCGGCUAACAAUGGUUGAGUUGAUCUAAACAAUUGUUUCUCCCUGAAAAAUACCAAACAAAGGACUUCUAUGCAACCUUUAAAAGGAAUUGUGUACCACACUGCAUGCCUUGAAGUGAAGGUGAUUGGAUCAUUUCCAGAUUGAAUAGCGCCAUCUACUGCCGCUGAAAGGCUGUGUUAUGUUCUCUGUGUUUUGUGUGGGCUUUUAUUUUUGCAGGUUUGCACAAGUAUAAUAAUAUAGUCAUAACGUAAAUACCAUACAGAAGUCCCAUUUACUCUUAAAUGCUGUUGGGAAAUUACUUAAACUAUUUAAAAGCCCAAUAUUGAGUGUUUUUCCGAAUAAAAUUUUUUAUAACUGAGCAGGAUAUUGUGUCCAAUGUGCUUUUACAAGAAGUCACUGUCUUCAGUUUUGAGAACUAAAAUUGAUCCUUUUUAGCUUUUUUU